AUCAUUGUUUUAUUCACGAGAGGCGAUGAGCUUAAAGACCAAACAAUUGAAAGUUACAUAGGAGAAGGUCCAGAGGACUCCUUAAAGAAACUGAUAACUGAAUGUGGAGGAAGAUACCACGUCUUCAAUAACAACGAUCCGAGAAAUCGCACUCAGGUCAGCCAACUCCUGACUAAAGUGGAAACAAUGAUAAGGAAUAAUGGGGAUGGAUACUACACCUCAGAUUUGUUCCAAAGAGCUGAGGCCGCCAUACGAAAGGAAAUGGAGAAGAUCAUGGAAGAGAAGGAAGCAGAGAUACAGAGGGAGCAGAGGGACUUGAAAAGAAAACAUUGAGAAGAAAUAAAAGAGAAGGAAAGCAAAAUGGCAGAGGUAACAUCUCAACUGGAUCAAGAAAGAGAGAGAGCCAAAGAAAAGGAGAAAUACAUAGAGAAGAUGGAGCAGGAAGAAGGCAAGAGAGAAAUAGAAAGAGAAAAGAGAGAAGAGGAGGAACGGAACAAGAAAUUGCAGGAGGAAAUCCAAAGACGUGAAUGGGAACAAAAACUUGAAGGUCUGGAAGAAAAACGGUAUUAUCUAUCAGAAGACAGUUCUGUUUCUGACUUAAUGCUAUUAAUACAGGAUAGAAAAAACAUGAGACAAGAACGAGAGGCCUGGGAGAAGGAAAGAAUGGAAUGGUGGCAAAAACAGUAUCGAGAAGAAAAGCAGAGGCAAGAGGAGCAAAAACGCAGGGAAAAGCUAAGACAAGAACAGGAGCAGGAAAUCAAAAUAAUUGAAAAGAAAAGGAAAGAAGAGGGAAUGAUCAGAAUGGAAUAUGAAGAAAGAGAGUGUAAAGAAUUAGACAAACUGUAUGAGAAAAAUAUGGGAGGAAUAAGAAAGCAAAAAGAAGAGGAGGCCAGAAAGCAAGCUGAAGAGUGCAACGCAUUCAGAAACAUGUUUAAUAACGAUGUUUCAUUAGAUAUGAACAGGCCCGAAAAGGAAAAGGAGGAUCUGAGGAAGUUGCAAAGAGACACAAAUGACUUGAUGAUAAAACAGCUCAGCAAAAACAGAAAAUUCCAUAAAGACACAGAGAAACUGAAGAAAAGACAGGAAGAAGACAUGAUCGACUUGAAGAAGACGCAUUUCCUUUACAGCAGAGAACAUCUGAACAAAGAAGUCAGGGACCUGGCGAAAAGACAUGAGCGGGAAACAGAUGACUGGAUACAGGAACAUUUGAAGAAAGCAAUUGAGAACAAGGCUUGUAACAUUUUAUGAGAUGUCACACCAACACAGCUGCAAAACUGUCAUGUUUUGUUUUUAUUUCAUAUUGAACCAGUACAUAUACAUAAAUGUUCUUCAGAUGACAUUACCUUGAUUUAAGGGGCCCUUUUGAGCUUAUUUGGGUUUUUCUUAUGUAAAUGAUCUGCAAAGGCUCAAGUCCCUGAGUUUUGUUUCUCUCCGACACACUCCCCCCCCCCCUGCCUGAAAUGUCUCCAUUGGACUCCUUUGUUUACUUCCUUAACAUAGUGACAUCACUACAGUAGGUAACACUCACACUUUUAUUGCCUAGCGCUUCAACACAUUGUACGUGAUGGGCUAGGGGGCGGUACAUCUCUAAGCCGUUGACCAAUCACAACAGAGCCGGCCAGCCAGCCAAUGAGAGCAGACUGGGCUAUUAUGUUUCGGUUAACACUUGAAAACGUUAGUGGCCCUUUCACAUAGUUUAUUUAACUUUGACUAUACACUUUAUGUGUUCUUAAGCUGUUAAGAGCGAAUGUAGCUGUCAGUUGUCUUUCAAUCAGAAGGUUGAGGGUUCAAUCCUAGUUUUACGGUGGCAGACAGGUGUUUGGACAUUUUUAUUUGCAGCAUUUUGUUUUCGCAUGUUUUGUAAAGUGGGUGAAGAAGUUUCCUCAUAUGCAUGUGCUUUGGCACAUUUUUGUUUUAAAUUGACAUUGCACAUUGAAAGUGCAGCGUUUUGCUCUUUAAGGAAAUGUUUUGGGCCAUUUUAACAUGUUUGCACCUGUCGCAAAAAAAAAAAGCUUGAGAUAUAAAUGCAGUCUUUUAUUUACCAUUUAAAGAACAGUGUCUAGACAGUCUAUCUUGUCUGUUAAAAUAUAUAUUUUUGCACAAGCAAACCCAAUAUGUUUUUUUUGUGUGUGCAGUAAACCUCAAAGCUAACACUGUAAAUGUUUUUUAAAUUUUUUUAUCAAUUUUAUUUGUGUUCCAUGAUUACUGAAGGUUAACACUUUAAAUAUUUUCAAAUAUUAGGAAGUUUCAUGCCAUAAUCAGUCAUUUUGAAUGUGAAUCAUUUGCACAGUCUCUAAAUAUACUAUGUUUUUUCUUGUUAGUACACUUCACAAGAUGAUGUAUACAAUUGACCACUUAUUCUACUGUAACAAUGUCGGAGCCUUUACAAACUACAAUGUGUUGUUUGGAUUUUGCAUGUGUACAAUUAUUUUCAGAUUUACUUUUAAAACUAUAUUUAACACAUAUUUCUUAUUACACAUAGGAAAAGUUCAUACUGGCAGGAAAAGUUACUCCCGUGUUAUAAAUAAUUCAACCGCAGUUUGUUCUGAACAUCAUCCCUGCUGCCACUGAAGAGAGUCAGAUUUGAUCAUAAAGUUUUAUCGUCUUUAAAUGUCGGCUAAACAUCUGAUCAUCUUUGAAAACGUUUUUCCUUUUUUUAUGUUUACAGUCAGCCCUGAGCAGUGCUGUAUGCUAUGUUAUCUGUUGUUAUAAUUAGGGCUGGCUCAUGCUGGCCUUGAAAAUCCUUCUGGGUCAUAUUUAUUAUUGUAUUUUUAUUUUGUAUAUACUUAAUUUUACUUGUGUUUUACAAUAACAUUAACAUUUAGUCAAAUAGAUAGUCUAUCUUGGAAUUGUAUUAUAUAUUUGUACACCUUCAUUCAUGUUAGUUGAUCUGUACAAAGUGUAAAGCCCCCUGAGACAAAUGUGUUUUGAGAUAUUGGGCUAUAUAAAUAUGUUUUAUUUUAUUUGCUUC